AUGUGCUCCCUCAGGUGGAUCCUUGUCCUGGUCAUCUUUGUUCAGCAGCUCAGUGCAGGUAAGGUUGAAGGCCCAUGCCAAGGGAGAGACUGCUCUGUAUGUCGGUGUCUUCCUGCCAAAGGUGCACGGGGGGCUCCAGGUAAAGAAGGCCAGCAAGGACCCAACGGACCGAUGGGGCAACGGGGAUAUGAAGGGCAUCUUGGAGAGAAAGGCAAGAGGGGAGCAGAGGGAUCACAUGGACCAGACGGGCCCAAAGGAGAUCGCGGGAGGCUUGGUGUUCCUGGUUUUCCUGGUCAUAAUGGGUCGGCAGGUCACCCUGGAGCAGGUGGUGAACCUGGUUUGCCUGGGGUGGAUGGCUGUAAUGGGACAAGGGGUCAACCAGGAGUCCCUGGUAUUCCCGGUUGGGGAGGUAUCGAUGGGUUGCCGGGAUUGCCUGGACCUAAAGGAAUCAAGGGAGAACCUUUUUAUGGUAACCUCCCAGGACAUCGUGGGGACCCUGGUCUAGAUGGAGAACUUGGCCUACCUGGUGCACAAGGACAUAAAGGUGGAAGAGGACCACCAGGUGACCCUGGAAGAUCACUGCCAGGGAUUAAGGGUGAUGAUGGUGACCAAGGCUCACCUGGCCCACAAGGACCAGAAGAAGUUAUAGAAUUUCCACCUGAUAUUCUCCCACCCAAAGGUUACAAGGGAGAACACGGUCCUCCUGGAUUAUGUGGACCAAAGGGCAUAAAGGGUUUCCAUGGAGAGAAAGGACUUCCAGGUCUCAUUGGAAGACCUGGACCAAAGGGUUACCAAGGAGAUCCAGGUCUCCCAGGUCCCUUGCUUAAUGGAAGUGAAAUCAGAGGUGCUAAAGGUGAACCUGGGUAUCCUGGAACUCCCGGGCCAUCAGGUGACCCUGGGUAUAUGGGCAAGCCUGGACCUCCUGGCUUGCCAGGGUUAAUAAUAACAGAUGAACUGGGUCUGCCUGGUACUCAAGGGAUCCUUGGGCCCAAGGGACAAAAGGGAGAGCGAGGGAGGUACAUCAGCCCUCCAUUAGAAGGACCAAAGGGCACUAAAGGAAUCCAGGGAGUUAAAGGUGUCAUAGGCCAGCCUGGUCGUCCAGUUUACACCUGCAACCCUGAGUAUCCUUGGGAUCCUUCGAACCCAGGUGACCCAGGACCUAAAGGAAACAAAGGAGUAAAAGGCUGCCCAGGGGUAUGUCAAUGUACACCUGUUCAGGGAAGCACAGGCCCCCCUGGUCCACCUGGUUAUCCAGGGUUACCUGGAACUCAAGGGCUGCAGGGAGACCGAGGAGUGGAAGGACCUGAGGGUCCAAGAGGACCACAGGGAUUUCCAGGACUUGCUGGUGUAAAAGGACGGAAGGGUCAGAAAGGGGACUCUUUUGUAUUUGGAGUUAAAGGUGCCAAGGGUGAUGAAGGAGCCCCUGGACAUCGUGGUUCUGGUGGUAGACCAGGUUUUCCAGGACUAGAUGGUCACCCUGGCCCUGCAGGAGACCCUGGACCACCAGGCCCUGGAUUUAAAGGUUCACCUGGUCGAGAAGGUGACCCUGGUGUCAAUGGACCAAAAGGGUUUCCUGGGCCUCCAGGCCCCCCAGGUCCUGGUAUAUCAGGUCCCCAGGGACCACCUGGACCUAAAGGAAAUCGGGGAUAUCUUGGCCCUAAAGGACUUCCUGGGCGACCGGGGCCUCCAGGUUUGAGACUGUGUUCAAUUCAGAUUUUUCCCACAUUAAAUGUCGUGUCAGUGCCUAAAAAGCAUGUUGUCUUUGUGUCACCAGGUGAACGUGAACAAUGCUGUGGAGAAAUCGGAUCACCUGGUCCUAAGGGUGAGCCAGGUUUGCCAGGGAGUCCAGGUCAACCAGGAGUACAUGGUCCCUCAGGAAUCUCAGGCCCCAAAGGCAUUAAAGGAGAUGAUGGUGGAAUUGGUCGAUGUGGAUUGCAAGGGCCUCAAGGUUUAAAGGGAGAUCCAGGUGACACUGGUCCUAAGGGAAUCAGCCUGGAUGGCCCUCCAGGCCCUCCUGGAAUACCAGGAUACCCAGGCAAGAAGGGUUCCCAAGGAGAUGGUCACCCAGGCCAACCAGGGGCUCCUGGUCCACCCGGCCUUUGUGGGGUUGUGGGGCAGAAGGGAUUUUCUGGCAUUCCUGGGCACCCUGGGCUUCCAGGUGUACCAGGCCAACCUGGACAACCAGGCCCUAAAGGGGAACACGGGCACAUAGGUGAGCCUGGUGCCACUGGUCCCCCAGGCCCAAACUGCACUCUGUGUGAGUUCCCAGGACGUCCUAGCCCAGGACCUCCAGGAAACCCUGGACUGAAGGGGGUACCAGGCCACCCUGGUCAGAAAGGUUAUAAGGGAGAUACAGGUCCACCUGGCUAUGGAUGGAAAGGUCAGCAAGGUUUCCCUGGCCCUCCUGGUGUGCCAGGACCAGCUGGACCAAGAGGCAAUACUGGCCCAAUAGGAGAUCCUGGGAGUGAUGGCUGCCCAGGAAAGAAAGGUGAACCAAUGGGUACCCCGGCAGGCCUGGGGUCAAAGGUUUUCCACAUCCUGGACCUCCAGGACCCCGAGGGUUACAGGGGGAGAGAGGCUCAAAUGGUCUCCCUGGUUGCAAAGGAGACCCAGGAUCGCCUGGCUUACGUGGUCCCAGAGGAUCACCAGGAAAACCAGGAGGACCAAGAUGUUGUGAAAAAGGCCAAAAAGGAUUUCCUGGAAUGCUUGGGCCCCCAGGCCAACCAGGGCUCAAAGGGUCCAAAUGGAGUGCCAGGUGAUCCAGGGCCUAAUGCACAGCCUGGUCUACCAGGGUAUCAAGGCAUUGUUGGUGCUCCAGGCAUAACAGGAAUACCAGGAGCUCCUGGGUGUCCUGGAAUCAAAGGAUUUCCUGGUCAAAGGGGACAUCCUGGGCAUUAUGGCAAUAUGGGUGAUCCAGGUCUUGAGGGACAUCCGGGAAAACCAGGGCUGCUAGGGUUUCCAGGUGCCAAAGGUGAGCCAGGUCAAUGUUUUGGACCACCUGGUCCAUCUGGACCCAAAGGAAAUCAAGGGGAGAAAGGAAAUGGUGCGCCAAGAGGGGAUCCAGGUGAUCGAGGCAUUUGUGGAAACCCAGGACACCCUGGACAACCAGGCAUUCCCGGGGAACCUGGAAGAAACGGUAGACGAGUCUGUCGACUUCUGGUGACGCCACAUCAAGCUAACGGAGCAGCUAACAAUAGCAAUGCAGCUAGCAGCAUGGCCACAGCAAGCCUCGCAGGGGGAGGAAACUCCAAGAUCCUACAUGAAAUCUGCAAUAUGAAUCAAGGUCUGCAUCAGCAAAUACAGAAGGUAGGUGACAACGUGACAACAAUUCAAGAAAGUCUGGACUCGCUGAAAACAGAUCUGGUUAAGCUUGGCUCCAGAACCAGCGAGGCGAAGGCGAGAAUCUCCCUGCUAGAAGAUGAGAAUGCUUGUCGACCUGUCGCAAAGACUCCAGGAAAUGUUGAAGAGAUUCUGGAGACAGUACCUCGUCAGUUUCUCCCCCGUAUUUGUGCUCCGGGUUUUCCAGGUGAUAGUGGAGGUCAAGGACCAUUUGGCCCACCUGGGCAAUAUGGACAACGAGGGCGCCAUGGACCUCCAGGUCUGGAUGGACUGGAUGGUCUUAGAGGUCCAAAAGGGAUGAAAGGAGCUGCUGGUAAGAGCCCCCCUGGCCCUCCAGGACCAAAUGGUUUUCCUGGAGACAAGGGUUCCAUGGGCCACCCAGGGCCUAAAGGGUCUAAUGGAGCCACUUUUCCUGGGUAUAGAGGCCCGAGGGGCCCACCUGGCCACAAAGGAAUCCAAGGUCCACCUGGAUGUCCCGGAAUUGGAUGUCAGACACCAGGACCCUGUGGAGAUCGUGGAUAUGAAGGACCCCCAGGUCCUCCUGGUCUGCCAGGCCCUCCAGGCCCUCCAGGCUGCUUUUCAACACAAAAAGGGGACACAGGGGACACUGGUCUACAUGGGCUACCAGGCUGUAAGGGAGUAAAAGGCCUCCCCGGACCUUCUGUGUGUCCUACCUGCCAACCAUGUUCUGUAGGACCAAAGGGUGAGAGAGGCCUUCCUGGUCCUAUCGGUCCUGACGGAUCAAAAGGUCUGGGUGGUGUCCCUGGACCCAGGGGUCGCAAAGGAGCAAAGGGCCAAGCUGGAGACAAAGGUGUUAAAGGUGGCUUUUGUACUCCUAAAGGCCGUGGGUCUGCACCCCCAGGUCCACCUGGAGACCCAGGACCUGUGGGACCCCCUGGUGGUGUGGGUCCUCCUGGGACACAAGGAUAUACAGGCAUGAAAGGAGAGAAGGGUACUGCAGGGUGUAUGGGCCAACCCGGCCCACAUGGUCCUCCUGGUCCUGAUGGUCCUGUUGGAGAUCACGGAGAUGUUGGCCUGCAAGGAUUUCCUGGACCUCAAGGUAACGCAGGUCAACCUGGUGAGCCAGGGGGACCAGGCAAUACAUUGAGGUCAGGCUUUUUGUUAGUUAUUCACAGCCAGUCAGUUAAAGUGCCAACGUGUCCUGAGGGCAGUAGUCAGCUUUGGGUAGGCUUCAGUCUGCUCUAUCUGGAGGGACAAGAAAAGGCUCAUACACAAGACCUGGGCCAGGCUGGCUCUUGCCUGCCUGUAUUUUCCACCAUGCCUUUCUCGUACUGCAACAAGGCUGCCUGUCACUACUCUGGUCACAAUGGCAAAUCCUAUUGGCUCUCCACUACUGCUCCCAUACCUAUGAUGCCAUUAUUUGGCCAGGAGAUUAGCUCCCACAUCAGCCGCUGUGUGGUGUGUGAGACAGUUUCACCUGCAGUGGCCUUUCACAGCCAGGAUCAAACAAUCCCUUCAUGCCCACCAGGCUGGAGGAGUCUGUGGAAGGGGUACUCCUUCCUCCUGCACACAGGAGCAGGUGAUGAGGGUGGUGGCCAGUCUCUGACCUCUUCUGGUAGCUGCCUAAAGGACUUCCGAACUCACCCCUUCAUUGAGUGCCAGGGUGCACAGGGUUCCUGUCACUACUUUGCCAACAUCUACAGUUUUUGGCUGACUUCUAUUGUUCAGACAGAUCAGUUCAUCCCCCCGAGGCCUGGCACCAUCAAAGCAGCAGACAAACAGCGACAAAUGGCCAGUCAGUGUCAUGUCUGCCUCAAACGACAGUAA